GCGAAGCGAACCGCAUUCGGGGGUUGGACGGAACGGCGGAGUUCGAAGUUCGAACCACAGCUUCUCUUCUUCCCUACCAACGCAGCGUUUCAUUUCAAAUACCGGAAGGGAAAAUUACAACUUCUAUCGGACUGCGCAGGACUUCCAAAUUCCCAGAGAAGGAAUUAGGGUUUUCCUCUGCCCUUUCCAUACGCUGGUUCGUCGUAGAUUCAAUCACCAAUCAUAGCGUCGCAGUAGACAUCUUAGAAUAGUGGAGGGAGUUUCAUAGCUAAAGCGCCCUGGUUAAUCGCUAAUUGGGGCUAUUCAGCACUUACCUUUCAGUUUUCAAUUAUUUUAUUUUUCUCUGAUUUAUAAGCUUCGUAUAAGUAAGCAAUGGAGGAGGGCAAAACCAAAUCCAGAAGAGAAGAUUUGGAUGACCCGAAGAAGAGUCACCGGGACCGCGAUAGGGAAAGGGACAAGGAGAGAAACGGCGAUAGAAGCAGAGACAAGGAGAAGAGGGACCGGGAGCGACGUUCUGAGAGGGAAAAGAGUGCCGAUUCUGAUGAGCAGCAGUACGAGAGGGAGAGGGAAAAACUUAGAAGAGGCAAGGAUAAAACUCGGAGUCGGGAUGAUGAAAAAGAAAAGGCAAAGGAUAGGAGGAAGGAUAGGGAGAAGGAAAGGAACAGGGACAGAGAAGAUAGGGCAAGGGAGAGAACGAGGGAUAAGGAGAAAGAGAGAGAGGAGAAGAGGGAGAGGGCAAGAGAGAAAGAAAGAGAGAAGAGAGAACGCAUCAAAGAAGAUCGUGAGAGGGAGAGAGACAGGGAUAGAGAGAGGAGAGAACGUGAGAGAGAUAGGGAAAAGGAAAGAGAGAAAGACAGAAGGAAGCGACGGGAUGUUGUUAGUGACUAUAGUGAUGAAGACUCUACUGAUCACACUAGGAAACGGCGCAGGAGAGAAGAUGACGACUCUAGAGCUCAUGAAAGCAAUAUCAGGACAAAUAAGCAGAGAGAUCAUGGUGAAGAGAGUCCACGAGAAAAGAGUGAAGAAGGUGCAUCUGAUAAGAAUGAAACAAAGCCAACUCGUGAAGAGGAGCUGGAAAAUGAACAAAGGAAGUUGGAUGAAGAAAUGGAAAAACGUAGGCGAAGAGUUCAAGAGUGGCAGAAGUCACGGAGAUUGAAGGAAGAGGCUGAAAGCGAUAAGCAGGGUGAGCCAAAUGCUGAUGAACCAAAAUCAGGCAAGACAUGGACCCUUGAAGGUGAAUCUGAUGAUGAGUAUGAAAAUGCCAAACCUACUGAGACUGAUAUGGAUGUUGAUGAAAGUUCUAAGCCGCCUGAAGAAGGUGGACAAGUUGCAGUUGACUCCGACAAUAGCAAUGAAGCAGCUGCACCUCCACUGCAAGAUGGCAUUAAUGGUGAUGAGGAAAUUGAUCCUCUGGAUGCUUUCAUGAAUUCCAUGGUGUUACCUGAAGUGGAGAAGCUAAAUAAAGUUGAGACCCCUGCAGUUAGUGAUGAUAAAAUUUCAGAGUUGAAGAGCAGAGAUAAACCGAGUGAUCAAAGUGGCAGUAAACACCAAAGAAGAAUUUCAAAGAAAUCAAUGGGUAGAAUAAUUCCUGGUGAAGAUUCUGACACAGACUAUGGAGAUCUUGAGAAUGAUGAAGACAAUUUAGAAGAUGAAGAUGAUGACGAGUUCAUGAAAAGGGUGAAGAAGACAAAGGCUGAGAAGCUUUCUAUUGUUGACCAUACAAAGAUGGAUUAUAAACCUUUCCGGAAAAACUUCUAUAUUGAAGUGAAGGAGAUAUCUAGGAUGACAACCGAAGAAGUUGCUGCUUACCGUAAGCAAUUGGAACUAAAGAUACAUGGAAAAGAUGUUCCAAAGCCUGUCAAAACCUGGCAUCAAACUGGACUUACUAGUAAAAUUUUAGAAACAAUUAAAAAACUCAACUAUGAGAAGCCAAUGCCAAUACAAGCUCAGGCAUUGCCAAUUGUCAUGAGUGGUCGAGAUUGCAUAGGUAUUGCCAAAACUGGAUCUGGAAAAACACUUGCAUUUGUGCUUCCAAUGCUGAGACAUAUCAAGGAUCAACCCCCUGUUGUACCUGGUGAUGGUCCUAUUGGGCUUAUAAUGGCUCCUACCAGAGAGUUGGUCCAGCAGAUCCACAGUGAUAUAAAGAAGUUCUCCAAGGUUUUGGGUCUAAGGUGUGUGCCUGUAUAUGGAGGUUCUGGUGUUGCCCAACAAAUUAGUGAACUCAAGCGUGGCGCUGAAAUAGUAGUUUGUACCCCAGGAAGGAUGAUUGAUAUACUCUGCACUAGUGCAGGAAAAAUAACAAAUCUGCGUAGAGUUACAUUUUUGGUCAUGGAUGAAGCUGAUAGAAUGUUUGACAUGGGUUUUGAACCUCAGAUUACUCGCAUUGUUCAGAAUAUUCGGCCAGACCGUCAAACCGUACUAUUUUCUGCUACUUUUCCUCGUCAGGUUGAAAUUUUGGCUCGCAAGGUGUUGAACAAACCUGUGGAAAUACAGGUUGGUGGGAGGAGUGUUGUGAAUAAGGACAUAACACAGUUGGUUGAAGUGAGGCCAGAAAAUGAAAGGUUCUUGAGACUGUUAGAGCUAUUAGGAGAGUGGUAUGAGAAAGGCAAGAUUCUAAUUUUUGUCCACUCACAGGAGAAAUGCGAUGCACUCUUUAGGGAUCUCCUUAAGCAUGGUUAUCCAUGCCUCUCACUCCAUGGGGCCAAGGAUCAGACAGAUCGUGAAUCUACCAUAUCAGACUUUAAAAGCAAUGUAUGCAACUUGUUAAUUGCAACUAGCAUUGCUGCCAGGGGUUUAGAUGUCAAGGAGCUGGAGCUAGUGAUCAAUUUUGAUGUCCCAAACCACUAUGAAGAUUAUGUGCAUCGUGUGGGUCGCACAGGCCGAGCUGGCCGAAAGGGGUGUGCUAUCACAUUUAUUGCUGAGGAAGAUUCAAGAUAUGCACCAGAUCUUGUGAAAGCAUUGGAACUCUCUGAGCAGGUUGUUCCUGAUGACCUGAGAGCUCUUGCUGAUAGUUUCAUGGCAAAGGUGAAUCAGGGAUUGGAGCAGGCUCAUGGAACUGGGUAUGGUGGUAGUGGUUUCAAGUUUAAUGAGGAAGAAGAUGAAGUGAGGAGGGCAGCAAAGAAAGCGCAAGCGAAGGAAUAUGGUUUCGAGGAAGACAAAUCAGAUUCAGAAGAUGAAGAUGAUGGUGUCCGGAAGGCAGGUGGUGAUAUCUCACAGCAGGCAGCUUUAGCCCAGAUAGCUGCCAUAGCAGCUGCCACUAAAGUUAGUGCAGCCUCAAUCACAACUCCCAUCUCUGCUGCUCAACUGCUUCCAAAUGGCGGAUUACCCGUUUCUGUGCCUGGUGUUCUGGGACUGACAAUUCCGGGAACAGUGGCAGUUAUUCCUGGUGCUACAUUGCCUGUGGUUGCUAAUGAUGGAGCAGCUGCAAGGGCAGCAUUAGCAGCUGCUAUGAACUUGCAACACAACCUGGCCAAGAUUCAAGCUAGUGCCAUUCCUGAACACUAUGAAGCGGAAUUGGAAAUUAAUGAUUUUCCACAGAAUGCUCGAUGGAAGGUCACCCAUAAGGAGACCUUAGGCCCAAUUUCAGAGUGGACUGGAGCUGCUAUUACUACUAGGGGGCAGUUCUUCCCACCUGGCAAGAUUGCUGGACCUGGAGAGCGCAAGCUUUACUUGUUCAUUGAAGGUCCUACUGAACAAUCUGUUAAGAGAGCUAAAGCUGAAUUGAAACGUGUCCUUGAGGAUAUUACAAACCAAACAUUGUCACUUCCCGGUGGAUCACAACCAGGCAGAUACUCAGUCGUUUAAGUUGCGAGGGAUGUUUUAUACCUAGAUCGCAUGUUCAAUAUUGUCUCUCCGCUAUUACCUUGCAAUAGUGGCUAUCAGAUGGCAAUUAUGGUGCGCCACCCUUUGCGUAUAAUUCAGAAUACUGCGGCCAAUUGUUUUUCUUCUGUGAUCCUCGUGAUGGAUGAUAAGCUGGAGUGCUGAAAGUUCUCAGUUAAUGCCCUCAAGUUAGAAGGUCACGGUUUGUCAUAUCUGGUUUAUGAAAUAUUUCGUAUUACUGUAUUGAUCGCCAAUACAAAUAUUGUAUUUCAUACAUGAAAUAUUUCAAAUAUUCAGAAUUUCUCUUUCUUAGAUGAUUUUUGUUAAUUUAUUUGCUUUUCGAGGAAUCACUAACCUUAUAGAUGAACUUGCGUAUGUUACCGGAUCCUAUCAUCUGUUGAAAUUGUUCGGUCCUAUUUGUUGUCUUUGUUUCCAUUUUCAGUGUUAGGAACUAUAUUGUGAUUGAUUACAGGAUUAUUGUUUUGCUAAUUCAUUAUUUUGGAAGAAAUGAUGAGGAAGAAGUAGCGGUGUAUGUUCCUCUAUUUUAUGCUGAGUCAUGUAAAGAAUAGCUAAGAUUGAUUUUGAUUAGAAAUGAUUGAGCGCAAAUUUUGUGAACCACAGGCAUCCGCAAUUGCAGGGUUGUGAAACCUGGGGGAAGUCUGUUGCCAUACCGGAGAGCUCGGAGUGAAGAAAAUAGCAGGGUAGUGAGUGGGGUUUAUAACUCCUGCUUCCAUCGCCUCCUUGCCUAGAGGACUGGAAGUUGGAGUCCCAUUGGAUUACGUAGAAAUUAGAAUGUGCUACUUUUUUCAUUAUGAGAUUAUGGUUUGCUUGUAGGCCUUUCUUCCCUAUGCAGUGUCGAAACUACUUUGGAGAAAGCUAGCCAGUUUUGGACCAUGCUGUUCUUCAAGUGGGUAAGGCCGAUUGGGAUGGAUCCGUUGUCCCCAUCAUUGUCAUUAUGAUUGUUUGUUGUUUUGUGUUCAAAGUUGGGAGAGCCCUACAAAACAUAUAUUCAAAACUCAAAGUUGUCUAACUACAAAUUGAAGGACGGCGACCGUGGAUUUGCUGAGCCUUUGGUUUGGACAGAGACAUUUGGAGAUCGGGAAUGUUGUGAAGAUGUUGGUCGCAGGUGGUCCAAAUUCCAAGUGAGACAUCGUUUUAUUUAUUUUUUUAUUUAUUAAUGAAGCUGAUAGUUUUAAGUCAUUGAUGACGUUACUGCCUGCCAUGGUGUGGAUAACAUGAAUGAUUAAUUCAUUUAUAUAUUAGACUCUAAAAAUAUAUAACUCAUCAACUAAGAACGCCAGUGAUUCUUUUUAAA